AUGAAUGUCGACGGAGCUAUUUUUGAGGAUAUCCGAAAAGCUGGUGUGGGAGUGGUUCUACGGGAUGCUUCUGGAGAAGUGUUAAUGACUGCAACAAAAAGGGAGGAUGAUGUUGAUGAGGCGGCCACCAUUGAAGCUCUUGCAUUACUUCAGGGUUUGCAGCUAUGUAUACCAUUUGACAUUCCCAAGAUAGUGAUCGAAACUGAUUGUCUUCUGCUUGUUCAAGAAUUGCAGGCUUCCCCAGAUUCUUUAGCUACUGCAGGUUAUAUUAUUGCUAAUGUCAAGCAACUCUUGUCCAGAUUUCAGGAAGUCCAAAUUCAACAUGUUAAUCGGAUGGGCAAUUCUGUAGCUCAUGCAUUGGCUAGGAAUGUUGUUGAUAUUUCUGUAUGGUGGGAUCAUCUUCCAUAUUUCCUUCAAAAUUUCCUAUGGCUUGAUGCCAAUUCUUGUAUGGAUGAUGAUUGA